CCCUCCGCUCCCCCCCCACCCCCACCCCGGAGGCGCCGGGCCCCUUGGAUGCCGCCGAGAUGGGCAAGGUGCUGUCCAAGAUCUUCGGCAACAAGGAGAUGCGGAUCCUGAUGCUGGGUCUGGACGCGGCUGGUAAAACCACCAUCCUGUACAAACUGAAGCUGGGCCAGUCCGUCACCACCAUCCCCACCGUGGGCUUCAACGUCGAGACGGUUACUUACAAAAACGUCAAGUUCAACGUGUGGGAUGUCGGGGGCCAGGACAAGAUCCGUCCCCUCUGGAGGCACUACUACACGGGCACGCAAGGGUUGAUCUUUGUGGUGGACUGCGCCGAUCGCGACCGCAUCGACGAGGCCCGCCAGGAGCUCCACCGCAUUAUCAACGACAGGGAGAUGCGGGACGCCAUCAUCCUCAUCUUCGCCAACAAGCAGGACCUGCCUGAUGCCAUGAAACCCCAUGAAAUCCAGGAGAAACUGGGCCUGACCCGAAUCAGGGAUAGGAAUUGGUACGUGCAGCCCUCCUGUGCUACCACAGGGGAUGGACUCUACGAAGGGCUGACAUGGUUAACAUCCAAUUAUAAAUCCUAAUGAGAGAAUAACUAUUUAGUCUACAAAGAAUUAAAGAGGAAAAAAAAAAAUAACCCACCUGGCUUUCCGGAAGAAUGAUUCUCUACUGAAAAGUGAAACAAAAGCAUCCUUAGGAUUAUGAUCACCUUUCUCCAGUUACCACCCUCUCCUUCUGCACACUUGACUGGAUUCCUGUUUUAACUCUUCUUGCUUGGCGUUAGGAUGCUCUAAUCUCCGAAUGUGACACGAACACAGGCACUAGAUGCUAUGGCAGACUUCCAGCAAACAGGGGAAAGACUCAUUGUAGACUUGCUAAGUAACUUUUUUUUUUUUUUGGUUUCCUCUUGAUAGCCCUUAAGAUGGUUUGAUUAUUUUGGGGGAUGGUUGGGGGAGGGGUACCGUUUCCAGUGUAUGCUUUCUGGUUCUACUUUUUUGGUUAUAUGUUGGGUUUUUUUUGUUCUGUUUUCUUCUUAUCACUUGCUGUAGAUUGCUACUUUUUUGCAUUCACGCAGAAUAUGUUGAUAGGUCUACUUCAUCUAGUAAACUGAAAAUUAUUGCUUAAAA